AUGGCGGAAAACGAUGAAAAGCCCGUGUUCUUCUUCGACAUUGACAACUGUCUUUAUUCGAAGAGUCUUAAGAUUCAUGGAAUGAUGGCAGAACUCAUUGACAAGUUCUUCGAGGACCACCUCAGCCUUUCGCGCGAGGACGCCAACGAGCUCCAUUAUAGAUACUACCGAGAGUAUGGGCUUGCUAUAGAGGGUCUCGUGCGCCACCAUAAAGUCGAUGCUUUGGAGUACAAUAGCAAAGUUGACGAUGCCCUACCACUGGAAGAUGUCAUUAAGCCUGACCCGGAGCUACGCCAAUUGAUCCAGGAUAUCGACACCAGCAAAGUCCGAUUGUGGCUAUUUACUAAUGCUUACAUCACCCACGGAAAGCGAGUGGUCAAGCUACUUGGGAUCGAUGACCUGUUUGAGGGCAUCACAUUCUGCGAUUACGGAUCGGACAAGUUCUUCUGCAAGCCCCACGUAGAGAUGUUCGAUAAGGCCAUGCGCGAGGCCGGGAUCAAGUCCAACGAUAAGUGUUAUUUUGUGGACGAUUCGUACAUCAACUGCGAGGCAGCAGAUAAACGUGGUUGGAAGACCGCGCAUUUGCUCGCCCCAUCAGACCCAGAACCUCCUCAGCAAGCUUCGAAGUAUCAGAUUAGAAGCCUGCAGCAGUUGCGCAAGAUCUUUCCGGAGGUCUUCAAAACCUCUUAA